ACUGCAUUAACAAUGAAUGGAUAUUCAAUCAAAGACAGCUCAUUCCUGAAGUUGAGAACUGAGAAGGCAGAGAGAAUACACCUGACCCUGGUGCCUCGUUGAACAAGAUGUUUAUGACCUAUCCGGACAUUGGUGAAGUGACUUCAGGAUUAAAAAAAAAAACGAAGUACAUUUAGGAAAAGCCUAACAAGAGGUCUUCCCUGAGCAUAUCAACCAGAGGUGGUCAUCUUACCAAGUGAAAUGUUUUACCCCAUCCAAUACCAUUAAACACAGACUCCUAUCUACCUCCACCUGUAACAAGGGAAAAUGUCCCAGCCUUCCCGACACUGGCAGUUUGAACGUGGGGACAGAUCUGAUGACUUCUGCAGGCACCUUCAAGAGGGGGAGGAGGAGAGAGGAGCAGAUGUAAUGCUCCAGAGGACGGGUGAAGAGAUGAGACCCUCUAUCACCCUCUGCCCCCCACCUUUGUUCCGGAGCAUCGGACCGUCGGGGCUGUCGGCCAGCCUACCACCCCACCGACGUCUCCGCUCCAUAUUCCGCAGAUCCAGAGCGGUUCUGCCUGCGAAUACACACGCCAGCGAGGUUUCAGGAACACACACCCUCCAAGAUUUACUGUCAGGCACCCACAUCAACACACUCCCACAUCAACUGACUCACAAUGACGUAGUGUCAGAGAAGGACGUUCACAUAAACACAGACUCAGAGACACAAACACAGCCCAAGAGACUCAUGAGUGCACAUGGGCUCACUGUAUUAGAACCACCAACAGGACCUCUCACAGAUACACUCUCAUUCAUAGUCGGUGCUGAAAGCAGACAGCAGGGCGGACAGCCUUUUUCUCAGGAUUCCCCACCCUUAAGGACCCAUAUCAAAGGCAGGGCAAGAUGGGGCAGAGCAGUGUCUCCUCUUAAAAUGCGAGAUGAUCUUGGGACUGGAGAGGGAGGAGUGAAAGAGAAGCAGAAGGUGAAGAGGAGAAGGAGGAGGCUGGACUGUAAAGGAGAGGACCAAGCCAAUGACAGAUAUGUCCCGUCCUUCACCCCAGAGACAGAGGGAGAUGGUGGACUGUGCCAGUGGUUACAGAGUCUGGGGAUUAGAGAUAGAGAGGAGGAGGCCACUUCCCCCAACAGAAGUAAACAGCAGCAGAGUGGGUUCAGAGAGAGGAUGGCUGGACACAGAGAGGGGUAUUCACAUCCAGCAGCCAACCACAGGAGAGACAGACGCCCCCACUUCCUCCCGCCUAUCUGUCAGUCUGGUUCCCUCCUGCAUGUACCCCUGCUGCUUCCCGAAAACUCCCCACCACCUUCGCCAUGCACCUCCCCACACGCCCCCUUCCAUCCCUUGCCUGUACCCCUCCUCCACUCUCUCCCGUUCAGGAGGAAGUGAUAUUGUCCAGCAAAGGAAAGGGGUCUCUCAACUCAAGAGGCCCAUUUGUGUUUAUGCUGUAUGCAGUUUUCUGUCUUGUUACUUCGGCAUAUUCUGACUGAUACUUAGCUUAUGUAAGGUUAUAUAAUGUAUUUGCAUAUAGCUCAUUACGCCUACACAUCCUUAACAAGUCUUAUCCAGGUAUAAUGUAUGUUGCUCUUGCCUAUUAUACUGUACGUCCUUUACAAAUAAUCACAUGAAUAGUUUCUAAGGAUAUGCUGUCCUGUCACAUUUCAAUUGCAUUAAAAGUAGCAUGUAUAGUUUGAAAGAUCCAGGGCAUUGUUGUUUCUCAGGAUUAACAUCAACAAGUGAACUAACCUCAGUGUUUCAGUAAUGGUGUGCCCUGCCUUGUCCGUCUAUAGACCGUGUCCAGAUAUCCCCCGCAGAGGGCCCCCUCCCCUGAUCAGAGAGGAGGCCCAUGUUAUUUUUGAGGUGUCGGUUGGGGCCUGAACAGUGCUGUGCUCUGUGUGCAGCCUGUGGUGGGAGCGGCGUGUCAGGGCCAGAACACCGGCGUCUCAGUCCUCCUCACUGCCCGCCUCGCACAGCCUGCCGUUUAUGUGUUUACCCUCAAACACAGCCCAAAAUGUUUGUGAGUCAGGCUCUUUUUUUUUUUAAGUCCACCCGCCCCUUUCCCAUUAGCCGCCAAACAAACAUUGCACCGGAAAUUGCAGGGAUAUCUGGGAUUUUUGAGGGGUCCCAGCAGACAGGGGGCGAGGUUGAGAACAAGGAUGCUUUCUGUGACAUCUUAGAGGUGAGGUGAGGCGGGGGGGUGGGCAGAGUCAGUAAGCUUCAUUACAACUGAUCAACAGGCACAGGUGACCCAGUUUCCGAUGCCCUUUGACCUUGUUACGUUCCUUGAGCCCACAGUGCGUGCCACYCCUGACCUCAYUCRUCACCAAGCUGACCCRAGCGCUAGGCUAAUGGUAACCAUUGACGUAGCUGUUAUAAGGCCCCGUGUCACAUGUAGCAGCAACCUCUUUUUUGGACUGCUAACUGGUCUAGCUUGUUUCCUCUCAUUCCUUCUCCCUCCUUGUCCAUUCWCUCCACARRACAGACAGGACAGUGGGCCCAGUACAACCAUUGGUGAGGCUGAGAUUUUAUGUCACCCCCAAACAAAGGAAUAAUGAAUGAGAAAGUGUAUACUCUUUGUUCACAGGGUGCUAUCUGGGUUUUAUCCAAGCCUCGUCCUCGCCAAACCCCAAUGUCCUUACUCAUAAUGGCCUGGUGACACAUAUAGUACAUGGCACAGUAAAAUGGCUGUUGUUAGCUUAAAUUGUUCCCAACAGGGCAAGUACAGUAAAUGGCCUUGUACUUAUUUAAAUUAAAGUGAAACAGAAACCAAAGUCCAA